AAUACCGCUGUCACACUAACACCAACAUCGCAGUUUGUUACGUGAGAGUUUUCAACGUUAAUUUUUGUUAUUUUAAAGUGAUUUAAUUAUAUUUUCCAUUCAUGAAAGUCUCUUCAACUGAUUGUAAAAAUGUAUUAAUAACAAAAGCGUUAUCCUUAACAACUGCGUGUUUCUUCUAAGCAUUAAUUGGAUCAAUAAACCGAUCAAGGAUUGCCACAUAGAAACAAAUAGCACAGAUGGAUCAAUUAUUUCAAUCCUACCGGGAUGAUGAGCGACGUAUUGGUGAGGAGUAUCUGUCGAGUCUACAGGAUUUGAACUGCAAUAGCAAACCGCUCAUCAACAUGCUCACAAUGCUGGCGGAGGAGAACAUCAACUAUGCCCAUGUCAUAGUCCGCGUGGUGGAAUACUACAUCAGCCAGGUGCCGCCCGAGUUUAAAUUGCCCAUACUAUAUUUAAUUGAUUCGAUAAUUAAGAAUGUGAAAAGCAGCUACGUACAGUUGUUUGCGCAAUGUAUAGUCAACAUAUUCCUCAACGCGUUUGAAUCGGUGCAGCAUUCCCAGUCGCAGUUGCUGGAGAAGGUGCGCGAACGGAUGUAUGCCCUGCGACAGACCUGGAACGAGGUAUUCCCCCCAUCCAAGAUGUAUGCCCUAGACGUGAAGGUGAAGCGUCUAGACAAUAACUGGCCAAUUACGGCCAAGAAUCCCACCAACAAGAUACAUGUCAAUCCCGCCAUUCAUGUUAAUCCGGACUUUCUCAAAACGGGUAUGGUUCCUGGGAUGCCGGCUAACUCCACACUGCCCAGCGACAUGGAGGAGAUCCUACAGGCUAAGACCCGCGAGCUUCUGGAGCUGAAGAAACGCAAACUGGAGCUUGAGCUGGAGCAAACUAAAAAGCAUUUAGAGGAGCAAGAGCGUCAGCUAAACCAGGCAACGGAUGCUAUUGCUGUCGCACCCAUUGUCGCUAUGCCGGCACCACCUGCUGCUGUUGCUCCUCAUCGUCCACCUACUAUGGAUCCAGUCAUGCGAAAUCCUAGAAAUCCUGCGAUACCUGUACAACAGCCCUUUGCCGCAAAGCCAAGAGUUAAUCCAGUCAAUUCGGCUCUACUGAACUCUGUGCGACAUCGGGAUCCCCGUUUGGCGCGACAAAUGCAAUCACAGUCAUCUCAGCUGGAGGCGGCUUCCUCACGCUCCUCCGAUCCCCGCCUGGAGGGAAAAUCCUCCUCAUCAUCACAUAAAUCUAGUCGAUCGCGCAGCAAGUCACCUGCCCGCAACAGCAGCAGUCGCUCCACCAAGAGUAGCAAUGGAAGCAGCUCCCAUACGAACAGCUCAUCAAAUCGCAAGCGCAGCGAGUCCAAAAGCUCAACAUCCUCUUCGGGCUCCGAUGUACGACACAAAAGUGGUGGUGGUGGCAGCAGCUCCACACUUUCGCCUGCCAAACGCUCAUCUAAGCCAUCCGCAAAGGAGCAUUCGGAGCGAUAUGAACGCAGUGGCUCACCUUCAAAUGCGAAGCGUAAAAGCACAUCUCCAACCACCUCGCCAUCAAAGUCAAAGCGCAAUGCUACACACAAAUCGUCAUCGUCUUCGUCCGUGCGAGGAAAGUCAUCUUCGACUCGAUCACGCAGUCGCUCGCCCAUCUUCAUGGACGUGGACCUGCGCAGCGGUGGUCGAAAAUCUCCUGAACAGAAAUCUGCCGCUCCAGCAUCUGUACCUCAAGUGGCAUCAGCACAAUCAUCAUCAGCAUUAGCAGCGGCAAAAGUGACAAUCAUUACGAAUGAUUUAGAGAAACGCCCUCCAGCUCCUGCAGCUCCAAGUCCACUGAUUUUGGUGGCAUCCAGUAUGGACAUUGACUUGAGGCGGCCCCAGACGCCGCCUCCGCCAGCAUUCGACAUGACCAAAAUCAAACCAAUCGACCAGAGCAGCAGCGCCAGCAACACCAACACGACUACCCCAUUCACAUCCAAAUCCAACAGCAACAGCAUCAGCAGCACAACAAAAAUUGCUAGUAGCGCCUCCAACGCAUCAUCGCCAUCAUCUACUAGUACUACGUCUUCUUCAAAAUUGCCCGCAAAAGUGUCGUUCAAAAUACAAAAACAGUUUAAUAAAUUAGAUAAAUCUACAGCGAAUCUAUCAACAGCAUUACUGCUAAGUCCAUCGACAUCAGCAUCAGCCGCCGCAUCCGCUCCUCUAAUCAAUCAGAGCUCGUCAGCCCCAUCGCAGCAGGGUAAUGUAUCGGAGGCACUGCAGCAAUCCAUCAGCAAGCUGAUGCAGGUACAAGGCGUCACUGGGGAGAAGCGUCCCGCCGAUUCGCUACCCCCAGAGUUGGACGAGGAGGAGCAGCCGCCGCAGCAGAAACGCAGCAAGUCAACUAAACUGGACGCUCUCUUUGGCAGCGAGGAUGUUGAUCUGCGUCGCGAGAUUCCCGCUGUGGUAAAGCCUGGAAGUGCCCACGCAGUCAUCGUCGUGGAAGAUGAUUCAAUGGACAAUUGUGAUGUGGAAAAGCCACAAUCCAAAGCGAAGAAGCCAUCACUCGAAGAGCUGCGCGCCAAACUGGCCAAAUCUGCGCGUCUACACAACAAGCUCUCCGCUAAGUCUGACAAAGGCAGAGAUCAGUCUGUGGUGCAGCGCAUCAAGCAGCUGGCCGAGCUGAAGGCCAACGAUGAUUCGCAGGAGGCGCACGACGAGAAGAUGCGCACGAUCCUCAGCCAGGCACAGGAGAUGUACGAGAACCACAAUAUGAACCAAGACCAGUACAAGGACCUGGUCCAGAAGGUUGUGGCCAUUAACGAGAACAGCAAGAUGCACAGCAAGGAGUCCCGGCGCCGUACCGAUGGCGCUGAAGUGGAGCGCAAUGCAGCCCGAGAUGCUGUUCUGCGCAAGCGGAUACCGAAGCUCAAGAGCAACGAGAACCAUUCCUCUGGCUCGCCACGCAGCGAUGGCUCCCCCAGAUACGAGGAUCAGGUCACCCAGGGAUCUACAUCACCCGAGAAGCCAACGCAAAAUAAACGCGAUAAGUCCAAGCGGGAGAACAAGAGACGAAAACCCAGCAAAUGGGGUGAACAGGUGGAUCCGGCGGUUGCUCAGAGGGCCGCCUGGCAGUUGGCCAAUGUUAAUAAUAACAACAACAACAACAACAACAAGAGAGGAGUUGGAGGAGCUGGGGGCUCGAUUCCUGUUGUCCCGUCCGGGUUCCGUGGAAUGCCCUGGCAACAGCCGCCUGCGAUUGUGAUGCCCCAAACGAUCGUCCCGCCACCCCCACAGCCACCCUCGAUGAUGGGUCUGCCACCAGUUCCGCCCGUAACCAUGACCAAGGCCAUCAACUCGCUGGACAACCCCAUGGCGGAUGUGGUGCGCAGCAUUACCAUUGAUGGCGGGUCGAAAGAGAUUCGUUUCUACAACCAGGUGGCCAUAAUCUUUAUGGAUGGCGACGAGCCGCACGAGAUUGGCUUCCAGCAUGGCCAGCGCGUCAUCCUGAUCGAUCACAACGAGCCGCUGCCGCUGAGCUUCAACGACGACUACAAGCCGUUCCAGCUGGAUGGUGCCCUGCAUCGCAUCCGUUUCGGCUUCCCCUCCCGCGAGCUCUAUAUCGACGAGCAUUGGUAUGAGAUCUACUUUGGCGGACCACCAGUCUCCCUGCCCAUUGGCAACAGCCUGCACGUCCUCAAGGCGGAGGGUCCUCCGCCCAAUGUGGACAUUGGCAGAGUGCGUCGUGACCUGGUGGUUGGCAAAAUAAACAUGAUUGUGGACGCCCACACAAUUGUUCCUCUCUUCCUGGAUGCCAGACAGCAGACCUUCCAGAUGGGAGCCGAACAGCAUUCCAUACAGUUUGUGGACAGCUUCCAGUACGCUCUCCUCGAUGGCCAGCUGCAAAAGAUCGAAUAUGGCGGCCUGCCCAAGGGCAUGAAGCUGAAUGGCGGACGCAGCUGCUUCAUCCGAUUCGGAACGCUGCCAAAGGGCGUUGUGGCAGGCAAGACGCACGUGGCUGAUAUGGUCUACAUUAAGACAGAAGCUCCGGCAGAGCCACCGCAGCCGCCACCGAUGAUUGUCCAGCCCCUGCCCGUGGUGGAGCAGCCGGCGGCAGCAGCACCAGGCGCCUCCCUGCCAGCGGCAUCCGCUGCUCUUGGCAAUCUGAAUAUCAAUGACUUGUUCCAAAAGCUAGUCUCGUCGGGAAUAAUUGGUGGAACCGCCUCCAUUCCGGCCAUAUCGGGUGUCGACUCAACCGCAACCAAAGAAGCUCCUGCAGCUGCCGCUUCAGCUGUUGCCAAAACCACAGCCGCCGCACCCGUAUACGCUUCGCCGCCCACAGAGCCCAUUAAACGCAUCAAUCUCAAGAGGACAGAGACGAUCAAGACCCGCCAGUCGGCCGUGGUGGCCACGCUCUACCUGGGCAUGCAGUGCAGCAGCUGCGGUGUGCGUUUCCCGCCCGAGCAGACCAUCAAGUACAGUCAGCAUCUCGACUGGCACUUCCGUCAGAACCGACGAGAGCGCGACUCGACCCGCAAGGCGACCUCCAGGCGCUGGUACUAUGACCUGAAUGACUGGCGGCAGUACGAAGAGAUCGAGGAUGCGGAAGAGCGGGAGAGGAACUUCCUGGACGCAGGACAGGGCCAGCCAGGCGGACCCGAUGCAAUCGAUGAUCUCUCUCAGCAACGAUCGCUGGACUCGCCAAUGCCCACCUGUGCAGCCGGUAACGAUGAUGUGGACCGCUCCUGCGACAUGUGCCACGAGAAGUUCGAGCAGUUCUACAACGAGGAACUGGAGGAAUGGCACUUACGCAGUGCCAUUCGCGUCGAGGACAAGAUCUACCAUCCAUUGUGCUACGAGGACUACAAGGCUUCGUUGAAUCCCCCUGCUGCCGCAGAGCAGACAGACGACAAAGAUGUCGACAUGAACAACACCGACGACAAUGCAAUGGACACGAUACUUAAGCUGGAGGAUGGCGAUAGGGCAGAUGACACCGUCAAGCCGUCGCGUAACCUGUUCGAUGAUGACGACGACGAUGUCAUUGUGUUGCCAAACGAGGAGCCCAGCGUCACUGAGAUCGUUGACGACGAUGAUGAUGAGUAUGUCCCGGCCAAUGUGACGCGGGCAGAAAUGGGCAUCGAGACGGAGGACAAGGAGAAGGUGGAACCCAGCUCUGGCUGCGAGGAGGAUGGGGAGAAGCAGAAGAGCAACCAGCAGCCACAGAAUGAAUCGGCCAACGAAUCAGAUGUGGAGAUCCAAGAGCCGAACAUUCCCUUCACCGAUCUGGACACGUAUGUGGAGAAGGAGAUGGAUGAUGAGACGCGAUUGGCCCUGCUGAACGUAAAGAUCAAAGAGGAGCCCAAGGACGAGUACGAGGAGGACGAAGACGAUGGCUUCGAAGAUGUGGGCACGGUGGUGCCACUGCUGCCGUUGCCCGAGGAUGAGAUAUCCAUCAACAGCAGCGAAACACAAACCCAAACGAUUGGGUCCUCCCCCUCGCCGGCUGCCAUAGAGCGACCAGCCUCGGUGGCCUCGCUCUCUCUUCCUGCCAACGACGAUGAGCUGGAGGCCGCGGAUACGGUGGCGACGGUGGCCAGCGCGGAAACAGAACUGAAUGGAGAGCCGCAGGAGUCGAUGCAUAAUCUGAGCGCAGCGGGACCGGCACCGGCGUUACCUUUGGCUAGCCUAGUUAAUAGAAUAAAAAUAAAUAUCACUAAGAAUACAAGUAGUAAUAGUCAUAAUAGUGCCUCCAACGCCACAUCGACACCGGCAGCAGCAGCAACAGCAGCGAUGGGAUCGGGAGCGGAUACGCAAGUCUCGGCGAUCAGUGUCAUCGGCGGAUCCGGAAACUGCAUUUCUGCGGAUACCUCGCAGCAGGUGAACGCAAUUCAAACAAUUUCCACCAUUCCAGUUCUUUGCGGCGGCAACACAUUUGUGCCCAAGAUUGCAACCAGUGCUCCAGCCAAUAUCAGCUCCAUCUCGGUCAUUGGCAGCAGCUACGGCAGCAGCAGCAACAACAGCCGCAACACCAACUCAAUAGUGACCACAUCUGCACCAACUUCGGCGGGGGCUGUAGCGGGAUCAUCUACCGCUGUUGUCCAGAAAGCAGUCACACCCCCGCCUGCUGUCGAGGCAGAUCCGGAGCCGGUGGUUGAACUGAAGCCAGCGUUGCGAAAUUUGACGCUCAAACGAACGAAAAAGGUCCAGAAUGGCAUCGAAACUUCGGGUCUCUGCUCGAUCAUGUAAACGCGCGAACACAGAUAUUCCUAUUUAAUUUUUUUACAAUUAUUUUUACACGUUAAUUAGUUCUAAAAAAUUAUGCAAACGUUCUCCAUCGCGGAGCGUUAUUUGUUCUUUGUAGGUACCCAUUACGCACUAGGGGCCGAGCUCUCCUCCCCACCAAGGAGUCUCUAGCCCAUACACAUUCGUCUUCAUAAUUUUUUACAAAAAGAAAACAAUGGCAAAAUUUAAUAAAAAAAAAAAAAAAAAACAAUUGCAAUCUAAAAACUGAAUAACAUACUUUAUGGUCAUUUUUCAACACAGGAAAACGAACUAGAAUACCCUACAAGAGUCACAUACACAUGCUUUCCUAGGACUGCUUAUUUUUUUGUAUAUGCUAAUUUGAUAGAAAAGAAUAAAUAAAAAAACUGAAUUAACCAAAUUACUUGAUUAC